UAGAGCAUGCGACAGACAAUUUAAUGCAACUUUUGAUCACACGCAUCAGCCUCUGUGCACCAACGGGAUUAACUUUUGGGAGAAAAAGCUUACAACGAUUUCUGUGUAGCCUAUAACCUGAUUAAUUUUCUUAAUAUAUAUAAUAUAGAUAUAGAUAAAUAUAUGAGAGUGGCAGCUGCCAAGGAUAAAUAAUCGCAAGGUAAAAGCAGCAAUGUCUAUAAUUUAAUGAUAUAUAUAUAUAUAUAAUAUAAUCUAUAUAUGUAUAUAUAUUUGUUUUUAAAAAAUGCGCAUUAUACAGAACAUGUUUUUCCCACAGCAUUAAAAUUAUAACGAUUAAUUUAUUAUCGUGUUUUUUUAUAUGUUUGUAUAUAUAAAUAUAUAUAAACUAUUAUUUAAUUAAGACUACUUUAUUAGCGCAUCGUUGCUUAAUUAACCUAAUUAGUUAUUCUAUAAUAACUUUUUAAAAUCUUGGGGUUAUUUCUGAGCAGUCGCUUUACGCUUUUGGUUUAAUCCCGGUAAAAAAAAUGAAGCAUUUGAAAUGUGUCCUCCUGUUGGCCAUCGUGGCAAAUUUUUGGGAAUGUAGUGAAUUCAAAUUCGGCGAGAAAGGAGAGUUAAGUCCAAGGAGGAAGAGAUGUUACGAUGGAAGUCUGCCGAAACGCUUGAAGAAGAAGGAGAGAAAACUGUCACUGGAAGGAAGCAGCGGAGAUGAGUUUUGUCACGGGCUUUAUCCUCGCAUGUCCUGCUGUACGUCCAGGAGGGCUCCGUUUCAGAUACUCCACCGGAGAGAUGCACGGGUCUUCUCAACCAAUAACACUGAGUGUUCUAGGCUGCUCCAGGAGAUUAAGUGUGCCCAUUGCUCACCACAUGCCCAGAUGCUCUUCCAUUCACCCAAACUUGACAAAGGACCACACAGAGAACAAAACCUUCCCCGUUUAUGCCACGACUACUGUCAAGAGUUCUACUACACCUGCCGUGGGCAUGUACCAGAACUGUUCCAAGCCGACGUGGAUGAGUUCUGCCAGUACUAUGGGAGAAGGGACGGAGGCCUGUGCUUUCCAGAUUUUCAACGAAAGCAAUUGCGCAGAGAUUCUAACUACUUGUUAGAUGAUAACAUGGAAGUGACAAACAGAAAACAUAAACACAACUGCUACUGUGCUCAGGAGAUCCUUAGUGGUCUUCGACAGUCGGUUGGUGUGGUACAUUGUGGGGAUGGGUCACAGCGCCUUUUCAUUUUGGAGAAGGAAGGCUUUGUCCGAAUCCUAACACAUGAUAUGGAGCUCUUAAAAGAACCUUUUCUGGACAUUCGUAAGCUGGUCCAAAGUGUCAUAAAGGGAGGAGAUGAAAGGGGCUUGCUAAGCCUUGCAUUCCAUCCCAAUUAUAAGAAAAAUGGAAAGCUCUUCGUCUCCUACACAACCAAACAAGAGCGCUGGGCGGUUGGACCACACGACCACAUUCUUCGCGUAGCCGAAUACACAGUGUCCAGGAAAAAUCCCAACCAGGUGGACACGAGGACUACCCGAAUUCUAAUGGAAGUAGCAGAGCUCCACCGCAAGCAUCUGGGAGGGCAGCUUCUGUUUGGGCCUGAUGGGCUUCUGCACAUAUUUUUAGGCGAUGGCAUGAUCACUUUGGACGAUAUGGAGGAGAUGGACGGUCUGAGUGAUUUCACAGGAUCCGUCCUUAGGGUGGAUGUGGACACGGAUUUUUGUAAUUCUCCCUACUCUAUACCCAGAAACAACCCCUAUUUCAACAGCACCAAUCAGCCCCCUGAAAUCUUUGCCCAUGGACUGCAUGACCCGGGAAGGUGUGCAGUAGAUAAGUUUCACAUGGACACCAAUGGAAGUCUGCUGAUCCUGUGCACGGACACUGUUGGCAAAAAUACAACAACAGGCAGGAUCCUGCAGGUCAUCAAAGGGAAAGACUACGAAAAUAAGCCAUCUAUGUUUGACUUGGGGUCAAACGGAGGUGCAACACCAAUCGGUGGAUUCAUCUACAGAGGGUGUCAGUCAAGAAGACUUUAUGGAAGUUAUGUAUUUGGAGAUAAAAAUGGGAACUUCAGAAUUCUCCAGAGGCCUUCAGAAGACAGAUUGUGGCAAGAGAAGCCUCUUUGUCUUGGUAGUAGCAGCUCCUGUGGUUCCUCGCUAGUAGGCCACAUCCUGGGGUUUGGCGAAGAUGAAUUAGGUGAGGUCUACAUCCUUGCCUCCAGCAAAAGCAUGGCAACACAAUCACACAGCGGAAAGCUCUACAAGUUGGUGGAUCCCAAAAGGCCACAGGUCCCUAAGGAGUGCAGACGGCUUGUAGAAGAUCCAGAGAUGCUUAGCUCGGCUUGUUCCCGUGAAUGCAAGAAUGGCCAUUGUACACCCACUGGCAAGUGCUGCUGUAGUCCUGGCUGGGAGGGCCCCUUCUGCUUACGAGCCAAGUGUGAACCCGCCUGUCGCAAUGGUGGGGUCUGUGUGGAGCCCAACAAGUGUCUCUGCAAGGAAGGUUUCUCAGGCACCCAAUGUGAGAUAGGGGAGCGAGGCACACAAGAGUAUGGUGAGAAAGACAGCUUCCUGGGGCACAUAAUUGACAUGACAUCUUACCUGCUGGACCUCACCAGUUAUAUCCUAUAAAGAGCUAGGAAGGGUGAAAAUGCACUCUACUCCAGUUUGCAGACUGAAUGUUAAGGAGGCAUUUCAGAGUUUGCCUUCAGGACACCAUCCCCGAUCUCCAACUGCCCCUCAUCUGAUUCUCCUCUCCCACCACUGUUCUCUUUCAUAAGCCACAGGCUUUUGAUCUUCAAGCUCUCCUGCACCAUCUCCACUUCUCAACCCUAUGCAGAAAUACACACAUAAAAGAAUAACAGGGUGGCCGAACCUCACCACGCAUAGCUGAAGGGAUCACAUGUUGGAGGUACAACAUAGGAUUUCCUGGAAUUUUAGAGGUUAUUCUGCUGGUUGCAACCCACAGUAUUUUACAGCUGGUAUGGUGCAUAAAGUCUGAUCCACUUUAAAGUCAACUGUCCCUGCAACAAAAACUGCCAGAGGACUCAGAAAGCACUGGAAGCCCUACAUGAUACCAACUCAGAUGUUACAUGGGCACCAGGUUGUACUACAGGACUCUAGAAAUGGAAGGCUAAUCAGUAUUUCAGGGGCUUUUGCUGCAUGUGAAGCAUAGCAAAGCUCAUUUAGGGAGGUCAAAUGGACAGUCUACCAAACUGAACUGCACCAUAACAAAAAUAUCACUAUGGAUUCACAGGUUGUUUGAAAAACGGGGGAAGUAGUAUCAGAGAAUCUGCUGUCAAUACAGCAUGCCACAAUACAACUUUAUCUAGCAGGUCUGAGUAGAACUGGAGAAUGGGACUUGAUGCCAGUUUACAUGCCGUUUAUAAAAAGGAUCUGCUAUAAUGUCUUCAAUCUUCUUGAUAUAUUUGCUGAAACGAUCAGUGAGGGUCGUGCAAAGUCAAAACUGAAUAUUGGUUGUAUCCCAUUGAUGUUUAGUUUAGAUGAAAACAUAAAGUGAAAUCAUUAAGGAUGUUUUGACAGUCACUUUGAUUAAUUUAAUACAUAUGACCAGUUGGAGAUGAUGUGGUUUGGAAAAUACUCUUAUGAGGGCACUGCUCUGGUUAAAGUUGCAGUAUCAGUAUCAGUAGCAAUACUAUUUUUCUAUAGUUGUUCAUGACCAAGCACGCUGCUUUCAUUGCAAAAUGUAUAUCUUAUCACAUUUUAAAAUGUUCAUAUACUGUAUCUUGUUUAUGUGUAAAGUAAAAAAAAAAAUUCAUAUGGAAGGCCCUCUUAAGGUGGUUUUAAACAAAUAACAUCACAAUAAUCUCACUGGUUGCAAGUUUCAUUUAUUGUUCACCAUGACAGUUUCUGAAUUUGUAUUUUAUUUUAAACAUUUUUGAAAACCACAAACCAUAUUCAGUUUUGUCAUUUACAAAAGGGAACAAGACUGGUGACUGGUGUACAUUUCACAUGGUACUGUACUGAGAAGAGUACUACUUAGACUUGGCAUUGUUUUGAAAGAGGUUGGUUUAUUUUUUUAAGGAAUAAUAUAUGAGAGAGGAGUAUGUAAGCAGUUUUGCAUAAAACUUGUAAAUUCCUUUAAUGUAUUUUACUUAUAGAUACUUACAUAAAUCCAUUGAAGAUAUGAUAUAUCAAAUUCUAAUUUAAAGAUAUAACAUAAUUCUCUCAAUAUCAAGAGUAUUUUGACAGAAAUAAAAUUAAACAUAGAUCUUUCUUUCAGACUUGUUUCAGUGUUGAUUCUCUAAAACGAGGCUCAAGCUAUAAUUUUAGAGCCGGUUAUUCUUUUUAGUCAACCAAGAGCUCAUGAAUGAGUAGAAGAUUAUACAAGAGUGAUGUCAAGAUGUUAUCAAGAUUCCAUAGCAUCCCUCCAAAGUAAAACUUUUUUUUUUAUACAUAUACAUUAGGAGCUCUUGGUUGAGCUCCUACCAAUAGAUGAACUAGCAAAAUGCACUAUCACUCAAGUUAUCCCAUGCUUUAUCAUAUUUCCUCAUCAAAUAAGCUGUAUUUGUUUAAGCACACCAUUUUUAUUUCCUGAUUCAAAAUAGGAGAAACUAGACAAUGGGACCGUCAAUGCAUUCUGUUGAUCAGCUUUAGGCUAAUUUGUAACCAGUUAGAUUCAUUUUUUUUCAAACUACCCUUUCUUUGAUGUGCUUCUUGUAAGAGUGAGUCAUUUGUUCUUCAAGGUCACCUCUAGGAGUGAGGUGUACUCAUGUAUCUUCACUAAUUUCUCCCACAGAAAAGUAUACCAUCAGCAAACCACAAGUGUUUAUUACUUUCUAGUCUGUGCAUUUUUAACAUUCUUUGUUACGGUAAGUGCGAGGAAUCCAUGCUGUAAAUCUUCUCUAUAAUUUUUAGCACUUAAUGUGAAACCUGCAUUGGAGCUGCUGGGAAGGUGUCAUGUGAAUAGAGUAUCCCUGUUUCUUUUAUUAUUUAAGUAGUUACACCUUCAAGUUAUUUAAGUUGUCUACAAUGUUUUUACUGUUGUAUGUGAAAAAAUAUGAUCAUUUAUUGUAAAUAAAACUAGGGUAAUCUGAGAUUCUUCUCAGAAAUAUCAAUAUGUUUAUUAAAGUUUAU